AUGGAACCCUCUUCACCCACUCCAUCAGAGGGUCAAAUCAUCAAUAAUGUUAUUGCCGAGGAGGAAAUGGAGAUAAUAUCAUCGACACCCACACCCAAUACCACUACCACCAAUGUUCCGACUGCGCCAAUUGUGGUUUCCACUGGUGGUGGCGGUGGUGCUCCGGCCGACAAACAAACGGGUGGUGUCCUCCGUUCCAAUAUUGGAAACAAAGCGAAUUUCCAUCCCUAUAGAAAACAAUCGGUUCCAUUCGGAAAUUUCAGUGGUGUCCAAUCGCCAACCUCACCAAACUCAUCGCCAAGCGGUGGUGCAACACCAACACAACCACAACAACAGCAACAACCACCCAAUAGUUCGCCAAAUGGCGGCGGCGGUGGCGUUGUUGUUAUCUCCAAUGGAAGCGGUACAUCUACUUCUUCUUCUGCCGUUGCAACGACAACAACUCAGCAGCAAGUUGUUGUUUCCUCUCAACAACCAACUACUACUUCACCAAUUACAGUAGCUUCCACCAUAGCAUCGCCAUCUCAACAGAAAGCAACUUCACAACCACAAAUCAUUGCCACUGCCACAACUAGCACCUCUACCAAUGGUAACAACAACAAAGAGUCCAAACAAUUGAUAUCGCCAGCACAGAUCGGUGGUAAUGGAUCAUCAUCUUCGCAAUCCUCACAAUCUUCACAAUCACAAUCACAAUCGUCAUCCUCUCAAUCGUCACCUCCAACAAUAUCAACCACACCAAAAUUAUUAAUAAUCAAUGAUGAAGAUAUUGUAAUUAAUAUCGAUGAAUCAGAGUUUGAUAGUUAUGAUUUGGAACAGGAUAUAUUGGAGAAUGACAAUGAGUCGUUGUUGAAUACCGACGAUGGUAUUCUUAGAUUCUACAGAAAGAUGAUGGCCAUCUUGAUAGGAAUGAGAACUAAAUCGAUACUUUUCAGCCAGCAACAACAGUUCCUUGGACGUCUCUAUUUCAUUUUGAUGGACAGCAACUACGAACCACUCUACGAUGAGAACGGUGAGUUCCUCAGACACUCACGUCAACAUAGCAUCCACCACAACACGGCCAUGCCUGAGCUAGGAGAAUUCAAAGCGUUCCGUCUCGGUUACAAAACCAACGUGAACUCCUCUCACAUCUAUCGUGUGCCACUCUUCCUCAGCCAUAUCACGCGAGUCGUCAUGCAGGCUCAUCAAUACGGUAGCGACGAGGACACUCACAACUCACGUGAUAACACCAACCGCUACAUUUUCAAGUCAAAGUGGUAUUGGCAUUUCUUGAAUAUGACUGUCGAUAAUUUCGUUUGUUCGUGUCACAAACAGAGUUCACCUUCAUCCACAUCGUCGUCCUCAUCGUCGUCAUCAUCGUCGUCAACUGUUACCACCACAACUACCGUCACCACUGCUGCGCCAGUGUCCAAUUCAUCAUCUUCAUCAUCGUCGAAAUCACAACAACAACAACAAUCGAAAGCUCCUUCACCACAACCUUCUCAAACAAGAAUGGCUUCCUCACAACCACAAAUCGUUCAAUCCAAACCGGUUCCACAACAACAACAACAACAACAACAUCAACAGAUAGUAAUAAGCCCAGCUUCAUCCUCAAAGAAAACAAGCCAACAACAAGUUAUCAAUGCUUUACCACAACAACAGCUACAGCAGCAACAGCAAAUAGGUGCCAAACAAAUAAUCACUCAGCCAUCUAUACCUUCAACCAAAAUAUCUGCCAAUUCACAACAACCAAUUCAUCAUCAACCAGUACCACCACAGGCGCAACAACAAGUAAUUCACCACCAACAACAGCAACAACAAGCAAUUCAUCAUCAACAACCACAGCCACAGGUGCAACAACAACAACAGAUUUAUCAACAUCAUUUCCAACAACAACCACAACAACCACAGGUACAACAACAACAACAAAUACAACAAUUACAACAGCAACAACAACAGCAAUCAGUUAGAAAUGGUGGAAACUAUGCAAACUAUAAAUGGAUAAGCAAUAACAAGUCGGUACCAUCACCAAGUGAGCAACAGCAGCAACAACAACCAUCGCCACAAACUGAGUCACCAAGACAGACAGCAUUCUAUCCACCACCAGGCGGUUACACUAUGGAUAGUUCACCAAGAGUCAAUCCAAACACCUAUCCACCACCUCAACCAGCUACAGAAUAUCCAUACUAUGGCCAACAGAGACCUUUACAACAACCAUCAUCUCCUCCAACUCAACAUCACCAACCAUCACCAACAGCUGCACCACAAUACCCCUAUCCGGCACCACAUUCACCACAUAACUCUGGAAAAUAUAAUAACAACACCGGUAGUCCAGUAACAACAAACAACAAUAGCAACAUAGUCAUCAACAACAACAAUAAUAGCAACAAUAACAACAAUAAUAAUAUGAGUUUCAUUCCACCCACAUUGAAUAUAAACAAUUCAGGCAAUGUGGAGGUUGCCUCUGAAAUGAUUACCAUCUUCCAAGACAUUAUAAAGCAAGCACUCACCGCUCAACAACAGAUUUUCAACCACCAUUUUACUGCCAUGAAACAGGAGCUACAAUCGGUCUAUGGAUUCAUCGGACAGUAUCUCAAUAAUCAACAGCAACAAAUGAAGCAACAAUACCCAUCUCCACCAGUAGGUUCACAACAACAGCCAGUUCCAAUGCAAAUUCAACAACAAGUACCACCACAACAACAACCACAAAUUCAACAACAAGUACCACCACAACAAACUCCCCAGUUCAACUAUAGUAAUAACAACAACAAUAAUGUACAGCCAAAUCCAUCUACCAAUUACGCACCACAACAACAACAAUUUGACAAUCAAAUCCACCAUGUUCAACAACGUAUUCAAAAGAACUAUCCUAAACAACAACAACAAGGACCAGUACAACAGCAACAAGUUCAACAAAUACAAAUUAAUGAACAUCCUGUUGUUUCAUCUAGAAGUAAAUCGGUAGUGACACCACCAAUUCAACAACAACCACAACAACAACCACCACAAGUUCCACCUCAACCCAUUUUACAAUAUCAUAUGACUCAACAAUACCAACAGAUGCCACCACCCGAAAAACCAAAGCAUAGUCACAAGAAGAAAACCCAACAACAACAAUCAAUGCCACCUCCACCAACCGAAAAUGUAAUUGUGACUCAGCAACCAGUGACAGUGUCUCUCAACAAAUUGUUUGACCAAAACAAUUUGGAAGAGUGGGAAACGAUUGAAGUGAUCAGUCCAACCAAGUCAUCGUCAAAGCCGACCAACACUCCACCAAUCACCAGAACAACACAUACUCCACUCCCACCACUGCCAAUUAUACAACAACAACAACCAACAACAACUACAACCACCACCACCACAACAUCAACAAUGGCAAUGGAUACAACUCAACCAAGUGGAGAAGCUGAAAGAGUAGCUGCCACUCAUCCCAAACUCAAAUCGAAAUUGGCCAACUCACAACAACAUCAACAGAAUGUUGCCGCUGCUGCUGCCGCCGCUGCAUCUUCACAACAGCAACAACAACAACUACAACUAUCAUCACAAUCACAACCAUCACAAUCUCAACCAACACAAUCACAGCCAACACAAUCACAAUCACAAUCCACACAAUCACAAUCACAACCAUCGCAAAUCAGUGCAAUCGAUACCGACGACGAUGAGAUAAUGAUUCCGGCCAAUUCGGGCGAAGAUGAAAUCGCCUUCAGAGAUCGCUGGAGAAAGAAGAUCUCCAAUCUCAAAGACACUCUUCUGAGUACUCACAACGAAUUUCAAUUCAGUAAACGCCGUGACAAGUACUAUCUCUGGGUGGCCGAAUUCAACCGUCGCUACGGUGGAGCCAGUCCUCCAACCAGACUGAUUCGUAUCGACGACGAUUUCCCAUUGACAUCCGACCAAGUACCUGCUUUCCUCCAAAGAAAUAAUUUAUCAUCAAAAAAGAGAGAUAAGAAAAAGAAAAAAUAA